CCCACUCAGCCCUCGGGGUCUGAUUCCACGGGUCUGGAGUGGGGCCGGGGGUCUCGUGUUUAAAGUCUCUGAGAUUGCGAAGUGAGCCGGGUCUGCGUGGCACUAACGGGGCUGAGCGGGAGUCAAAGAAAGGGCCCCACGGCGGGCUCUCAGCCCGAGAAGAGCCUGUCUGCAUGCUGUCACGCUGCAUUGGUUCAUUCAACACAUAUUUAUUGAACGUCUGCCAGUGGUGGUUGGGGGUCCUGCAGUGAACAAAACCAGUUCCUACCCUUGGCAAGCUUCCGCUCCGGGGCGCAGGUGGCAGGCUUUGCCACCAAACUUGGACCCUCCCUGCCCGGCCUCGGGAGCGGUGGCAGGACCCGUGGAGCCCUGGGGCCACGGCGCUGGAAGCUUUGGGGAACAGUGGGGAGGUCCCUCGGAGCAGGCUCACUGCCAGUGGCAUCUCUGAGCAGGUCGAGCGGCCCGCUCUGGCUGGCAGGACAGUCCUGGCAUCGCUGAGGGAGAGCAGGUGGGGACGGCCGGGGCUCUGCGUGACCUCCCCGUGUGCCACACGUUGGGCACAUACGUAUGUACCUCACCUCACAGGUGAGGAAACUGAGGCCCGCAAUUGUGACAUGUCCACCUAGCAAGAGGCAAGGCUGGGGUUUGAACCAAGAUCAGACUCCAAAGGUUUGUGCCCUGAACUCUUGGGCAGUGACACCGAGCCCUGGAACUAAUCCCCUUUGUGAGGUGGCCCUGGGAGUUAGCAGUGGUUCCGUCCUGCUGGGGGAGGGGCAGGCAGAAGCCAGGGUCAGGGACCUGAGGAGAUGGUUCUCGCCAUGCUGGGGGCUCUCUACCCGAGGGCCGGGCUGAGCCUCUUCCUCCUGGACCUCGUCUUGGCAGCCGCACUCCUCGGCCCCCAGCCACCGAGGCCUCAGCGAUCUGUUCCUGAAGAACUUUCAGGCCCUCUAGAACUCUCGCAGCCAUUUUCCGGCCUGGUGGAUGACUAUGGGAUUCGACCCAAGCACCCCUGGCCACGAGGGCCGCGACCCCUGCUCUCCCAGGCCCAGCAGCGCAAGCGGGACGGGCCAGACAUGGCAGAGUAUUACUACGACGCACACCUGUGACGGGAGCCCCUUAUAAAGCUAUUCUGGGCAGCAAAGGCUCGGCCUUUCCUGGGAUGGACACCACCUGGGCGCGGGAGGGGGCCCAGGCAGACACACCCACUGCGGUCCAGACAGGAAAUGGCACUUUAAUAGUUGUGGCCAGGGUGACAGGACCAAGAUGGGGCUACAGCUGGGGCAGCCAAGAGGCCCUGGCUGGCCCGGGCCGGUCCAGAAGCCUCCUCUUCCUGCUGGGACGGGGCCCCGCUGCAGCUCUCUCCUUCCCUGGUGAGGUCCCACACGUGCCAGGGGCCAGCAUGACAGCCACCCAGAGGCCACACAAGUGACGGAGCUGGGAACAGGGACUGCACCCCCACCUGCUGCCGUUUCCUUACUGUGAAGUCCUCGGGAGGUGGUUGGGGUCAGCCUGAGCUCAGGGCCUUCGGUUGGGGCUGGGAGUUGGGGAUGGGACGGGGCGGGCACCAGCAGGUGGCACGUGGGCUUUGUCGAGGCAGGAGUCAAGGCCAGAGAGCCAGAGGCCCCGGCAAAGGAAGUGACGCCAAGGACGGGACAGAGCCCUCUGCUCCUACCGUGGGCAUCCUUCUUGGCUAGAGGCCUGACACCCCUCCAGCCCCGCCCCUCCCCAACCCCCGGGCAGCCUGCUCCGUCCUCCAUAGA